AUGGCUUGGAUACUGGUGACCCCAUCCUCACGAGGCAUUGGCUACGCCAUGACCAGACACCUCCUCAGCAAAACACCCGACUCAAUACCGAUCGUCGCAACAACACGCGCCAAAGAUCCCAAGGAAACCAAAGACAAGCUUCUGUGCGACCUCAAGCUCUCAAACGCCAGCUCCGACCGCUUAGACGUGCAACAAUGCGACCUCCUUUCCGAAUCUUCAAUCACCGAUCUAGCCUCCUACUGCCGCGAUCGUUACCAACCCAAAGACAACAAGGAAGCCCAUCUUCGUCUCGGCGUGUUCCUGUCUGGCCAACUAUUUCCAGAACGAUCACCUAGUCAAAUCAACUACGACAAUGCCCUGUCAACGCUCAAACUCAAUCUUCUCACUCCGAUGAUGUUACUGAAGCACUUCCACGGCUUUCUUCCCAAAAAGUCUGCGAAGCUGGAUACGAUCGAUGGCUUGCCUAGGUCAAGUGUUCUCGCUUUUCUUUCAGCUCGCGUAGGUAGCAUUUCGGACAACAGUCUUGGUGGGUGGUAUAGCUAUCGCGCUUCGAAAGCUGGCGUUAACCAGCUUGUUAAGACCGGUGAUUUAUUUCAAAAGAUACAGUCGAAAGAGAACGCGUGUGUAGUUGGUCUGCAUCCAGGAACGGUAAAGACGGACUUGAGUAAGGAGUUUUGGAACAACGUGAAGAAGGAAAAGCUGUUUACUCCUGAGUACAGUGCUGAAAUGCUAUGUAAAGUACUACAGCAGGGUGGUAGUGGUGAGAAGGAUGGAGGUAUCGAAGCGUUCCGAGGACGGUGUUGGGAUUGGAAUGGCAAGGAAGUCCCACCCUAG